AGCGAUACGAUGGCACUUCAGGAAGACGAUGUUAUAAUUCCAAACCUCAUUGCCCAAAGUGAUCAUGACGAGAAAUCAGACGAGGAAUCGAAUUACGAUAAAGAUGGUGUACAACUUUCUCCAAAGCAGCAUAGAAAGAUUGAUCCUGGCUUCCUGCCAAACGAUGUUGUACUGGUAAUUGAGGAUGAACAUCUUCAUGUAAACAAAGCCUUACUAGAAUCUGCUUCACCUGUUUUUGCUGCUUGGCUAAAAAAAGACUGCACAGCUAGACUAGGCUACUUCCAUUUACCAGAUGAAACACUCGACACAGUGCUCCCAUUAGCAGAUGAGUAUCGGACAGAAAAAUUGAUCACAGAAUGUGUGGAAGUCAUCCGACAACGCGUGGAGUCUGUCUCCGAGGCGGAUAUAUACAUACCGCCUUCUCGGGUCGUCACAUACCUACGCUGGAUCGACCAAUAUAAUCUCCACACUGGUAAAGAAUAUGUUGUGAGGUUAGCUUCGUACCUGAAAACCGAAGACCUAGAAGACGAACCAGGCUACGAAAAUAUCGCGCUUCAACUAAAGCUGGAGAUAUCUAAUGCUAGAGCAAAGCUUCUUGCGAGUCUGUUUGUGAGCAAAGUAACUGAAGCCAAAGAGAGGAUAUAUGAAUUUAAAAUCCCACAUUCGUCUUGUUAUUUGGCUGAGUGGAAACAAAAUGUAGCCAAACUUGUGGAAGAUGCAUUGGCGUCGCCAAUAUCCGAAAAAUCAACAUGGCCAAAAACGACCGCUUACAGAAAUAGUAGGAAAUCUUAUUACAGUGGGAAGUCGCAAAUCUCUCUAGAUAUUUUAGUUUCUUUGGCCUGCCUGGAUAUUUGCGAUAGGUUUAAAUUCUCGGAAAGCUAUAUAGAAACCUUAAAGAGAAUAAAAUCUCUACGUAUAGGAAAGGCCGAUUUCAAACUGAUUUGGUCCACAUAUUAUUCAACCGACGUUAUGAAUGCUUCCAUGGAACGAUAUUCACUGGAAAUGUGCGAAUGCGAAUUAAGUCCUUGAAUGGGACGUUUUUGAUAUGGAUAGAAUUCGAAUUCUUAGCAUUUGAAAUCACCGAUCAUAAAACGAAAAUAAAAUCAGCAAUAGUGUUAUGUGUGUAAAUUUUCAGCGGGACUACACUGGGACUCGAACCACAGACUUCAGAGUAUUAGAAUAUCGUUAUUACCUAAUGAGCUACCUGGUCAGCGGAUUGUCCUUGCCAAAAAGUGCUACAGCUACGAAAUUAAGGGAAGGCUAAUGCAUAUACAAAACACAGUACAGUGACACAGGGAUCUUCAUGAUAGCUUACACGAAAAUACAUAAAAAAUGUGUAUUUAGAAUAAUACAGCUCAAAUUCCAGAUAAGACUAAACAUCUGUUUCUACAGUAGUUUAGACAAUUUGUAUUCCCAACGUUUUGGCUCUUACUAUCACCGAUGAGUCCUAGACGGACGAAACAUCUUUAUAUACAUGUAGGUAUAACUGUAUUGUUAUGUGGUAUUGAGAAUAUUGUAUACCGGUGUUUUUGUCGCACUCCUUAAUGUGGGCAAAUUUAUCAGGCUCAAUAAAACAAAACAUGGGGAGAAGACUUUUGCUUAAAUGAUUAUAGUCUGUUUCUGGAUAGAAUUGUCAGUAUCAACCUGUUUCUUUCUUGUGUUUACAACUGUGGUUGUCUGUUCUAUGUAAUAAGAUAUUCAUCUUUUAAUGAACCAUCCAAAAAUAGAAAUAUUCCCUAAUAAUUUUGUAGUGAGGUUGAUGCUGAUAUGGUAUUUGAUAAAAAAGUUUAUUUUGUUUAAAUAAGAUUUUGUUAACACAUUAUCUAAACAUUAACAUGAAAUAGGUUUUUUUAGCAAUAUAACAAACCUUAUCAUUAUUUUUAUAUUGAUAUGCCUAAAAUUCAAGUAAGAAUUUUAAACAAAAAAUGUCUUUGUGUGACAAAGGGUGAUGUUUAUAGUAAUUAAUUAUAAAACAUAAAUUACAAGUAUUCCAUGGAAUUAUAUGUCUCGACACUCUCCUCUUUGACCAACAGCAAAAACAUGUAGCUUGAAAAUCAUAGCAAGAUAUAGACAGUUAUAGUUCAUCGUGAUGGAAACUUUGAUGUUUACUUAAUUUCAAACUUUCAAGAUCAAACCGAAUUCCAAUAGGAUUAACCUCAGAAAAUGCUCUUUUGAUUUUUUGAAUAUAUCAAAUCGAUAGAUUUAUAAUAAUGAAAAGUUUAAAUGAUUUUGUUAAGUUAAGAUAUUUAGAAGAAAAAAAAUAAGAUUAUAUUCAGCAUCUGAAGCAGUUGUUGAGUAUUGAGAUGUAUCACAAAUUAAGGAUCUAUCAUCCAAGUUAAGUUGAUGAGAACUACAGUAUUUGGGAAAAAACCCAUUGCUAAAACUAAAAAAAGAACAACUUAACAAAGAUGAAAACAGACACUAAACCAAGAAAUUAAGGUUAUAUUCAGCGCCUGAAGCAACGCAUGUUCAAUAGGUCCCGGACUCAUACUUUUGGAGAAAUAGAGCUAGACUAUAAACCUUAACAUUACUGAGGAAACUGACAAAGUCGCUAAACUCUACAAAGUAGGACAUAGACUGCAGCUGAUCCAUGACGAAAUAAGACGUAGUGCAAAAGCCGUAGUUUCGUAUUUCUUGGACCUAAGUUUGCGCUAUCGAUAUCAAAAGUGAGCAUUGUCUAUUUCGUUCUUAAUUUGGGUACUAGAGUGCUUAAAAUAGACAACAAUCUGCAAAUUAGUCAAAGAAAGAUAGUCUAUCCACUCACUUGCGUACUGUAGACAACAUGAUCAGGGCCGACACAGUUCCGCGCGCGCUGUACGACUGCAAGCUUGGUCAAAGUUGUGAAGGCAAAUAUCGCAAGCUAGAGACGACAUCAGAUGCUUUAAUUGAUGUAAAAUCGAUAGACUAUGGGUCAAAUUAAUAUUGGAUGGUCCAUUGACGUUGAGAAAACAUCCUGAUAUGCGAGCUCCACGUGGGGUUCCACAAAAGUUACAACUUACAGUCUACGUUGAACCAUCGUCAAAUUAACGUGUUAAAUUUAUCAUAUCUUGUGCCCGCGGUCUUCAUUUACCAUUUUAGUACGGAAGCGUGCAUACAUACAUCAGAUCUGUUGUAUAUCGAAAGAAAAAAAAUCGCUUUUGAAACAACAACAUUUUAUAAAUGUAUUUUACAGCGUAUUUGACCUCAAGGAAAUUAAUGAAAAAUAAUCAAUUUAACUAUAACAAUCGAUACAUGAAAACAUUACCCCAUAUAUUAUAAAAAAAAAAACCCACUAUUUUUUGUAGUAUAAGGGGUAUCUUUUAUAUACAGAUUGUUAUAGUUAUUGAUUAAACGUCAGACUUCUGUGAAAUAAUGCAUCACUGAUGCUAUUUUUUAUUGAAUAUUUUGUUGUUUCAUUUAGAUUAAAACGUAUUUGCUCUCAUGGGUUAUGCCAAUUAGUAUAUAUUUUUCUUUCAAGUUAGACUUUACAAACAUACAGUAAAGCACUUGAACUAGGUUAACCAUUUUUUUUUAACUAUCUUCAAAUAUAACGUUUAACAGUAUUUCAUCUCAAAAUAACUUUAAAAUACUAAAUGCUUGGCCUUGAAAGGACCAACCAGUCAGGGUCGGCAGGGUAAGGAAAGUACAAGUAUGUCUACUUUUGAAACAAAUUAAUUUGGCUACUAAUUUGGUGAUUUUUAAAUUUAUAGCAGAAUACAUGAAUACAUUUAUUU